AUGAGUGGAGAGUCCAAAGCUGUGCGUGAUUACUCUGAACUAUGGUCCGGGAACAAGCUGACCUCCAAGCAGACGAAGCAGCCGUUCAAGGUUAUCGUGGUAGGCGCUGGCAUCGGUGGCCUAGCCGCAGCAAUAUCGUGUCUGCGCGGCGGAUGUGAAGUGACUGUUCUGGAAAAGGCACCGGCAAUAUCACCUAUAGGCGCUGGAAUCCAGAUUCCGCCAAACGCCGCUCGUGUCCUCCAAUAUUUUGGCCUUGAGCAAAAGAUCCGCGACGCUGGAGCCAUUCAAGUCAAAGCCAACCACCUCAAGCGCUACAAAGAUGGCAAGAUCCUCUGUAGCCGGUGGGGUACCGACAAGAUGAUCAAGGAGUUCAAUGGACCUUGGUUUGUCAUCCAUCGGGCAGACUAUCACAGCGUCCUCCUAGAUGAAGUGUCCCGACUCGGAGGCAAACUUCAACUGAAUGCGGAAGUCGUCGACGUCAAGGCAUCGGCCGAGAAACCCAAAGUGGUACUUCGAACAGGUGAAGUCAUCGAUGCAGAUGUUGUCGUUGGGGCGGAUGGCCUCUGGUCCGCUAUCCGUGACAUUGUUGUAGGGCAACCAUCGCCUCCUGAGCCGACUGGGGAUCUCGCAUACCGGGGGACAUUCUCUCGAGCGCAACUUGAGGCGUUUCAGGAUCCUCGCGUCGACGAACUGAUCAACUCACGCUGCACCUACAACUGGGUGGGACCAGACCGACACAGCGUCUUUUAUCCAGUCAAGAAUGGCGAUGCGUUCAACCUGGUUCUCAUUCGCCCUGAUAAUCUGCCUUCUGGGUCCAGAACAGAAGCUGGUGAUGUGGACGAGAUGCGGAUGACAUAUGAAGGCUGGGAUCCCGUGCUUGCAAAGAUCAUAUCCUGCCACGACAUCGUCUUGAAAUGGAAGCUGUGUCAUCAUGAAGAACUCCCGACUUGGGUCAAAGGCAACGUCGUGGUCCUUGGAGAUGCGUCUCAUCCCAGCCUGCCCUACCAAGCACAAGGAGCUGCCAUGGCCGUAGAAGACGGUCUAGUGCUUGGGCUUCUGCUCGGCCGACUCCAAGCCAGCGACAGAGUCCCCGACGAGGCGAAACGAUCCUCGAUCAACUCUGUUCUUCGACUGUUUGAGUCGCUGCGCAAGAAGAGAACUACAACCAAUGUGAAAGGAGCUAUUGCCAACCGAUACAUGUUUCACAUGCACGAUGGUCCCGAGCAAGAAGCUCGAGACAGAGAGCUCGCAGAGGCAGACUGGGAGAAGCCGUGCCGGUGGGGUUGGGCCGAUAUCAAUUACCAGCGGAAGAUGCUGGGAUUCGACUCUGUGGCAGAUACCAACAGGGCGUUUGAAGUGUGGCUCUCGGAGGGAGGGAAACUGUAG